UCAUAUCUUCUUGUAGCGUACUCUGCAAAACAAUAUUCUGAAAUCGUCAUCUUCAGUAUUAUAAUAUUUACUCCAAAAGCUCGACUCCACCUUGUCUUUCUUUGUAUAAAAUGGUGAUCAUAGGUGAAAGAGGAAUUAACUUUUGUGAUUAAGUUGUUAUGGUGCACAAAGCCCCUUCUAUAAAUGUGUAAAUGCAUAAGUUCUAUUGAUAUAGUUGGGUAUGUUCACUUGAGUAGGAUAUGAGCACCUUAUUUAAUGCUGCUGGCACUCAUUGUAGUAGGAUCCAGUAGCUAGUAGAAUUGGUGUAGAAAGAACUUUUUACCUUAUCUAAUGUGACCAAGAUAAGGGAGUUGUAUCAACUACAGCCUGUCACUUAUCUGAAUAGUCAUUAUUUAUUGCAAAAAAGGCAUUAACCGGAUUAAAUAUCUCAAGAAUUUUUCUUGCCUUUUUAAGUUCUGCUCAGAAUCUCAGUACUCUUGUCUGUAAAUAGAUUGUCAUAUUAAACUUACGGAUUCAAUCAUUCAGAUAAAGGAUUUUACAUUCAGCUACAUAAUCGGGGGGAUGGGUCUCUUGGAGCAAUAUGUAGUGUGCAAAUUUAAUUGUAGUUUUCUCAGGGUUAAGGAGGCAGGAUUGAGGAGCCCAUGGCAAAUUGACAUGGAGCAGAAAAUAGAAAUACUUUAGGAUUAUCAUAUCAUUCUUGAAUCCCUAUGAAGUUUAGAUACAAGGUCACGGUACUCUAUUAUCUGAGGUUUUCAGUGAUGAAAGGCCCUUUAAUUUCUGAUAAAUCAGUUUGAAGAUGAAAGAAUUAUAGUCUCAGUUCAAGCUUGUCUAAUAUUUGGUAGUCCUCGGGUAUUUGAAAUUUUUGCUAUCUUUUUGCUUCUGAUGAGGAACUCAAAUGAACUGAUAUUGUGGACGAUAGUAGUGUUGGUAAUAUGGAGGAAGCUUCUCUUCCAACCUUUUAUCUAUAUCAAAUGAUGCUUCAUAAAUUUUACCAAGGAUACAAUUCAGAUAAAAAAAAGUCUUUAAAUUAAUUGGGUUUAUUGAAUUCAUCUGAAUGGGAACUGGGGAGGAGAACACACCUGCCAAGCCUUCUAAACCAGCUUCUUCAACUCAGGAAAUUCCAGCUACACCAGCAUACCAUGAUUGGUCAAGCUCUAUGCAGGCUUUUUAUGGUGCUGGGGCUGCACCACCUCCUUUUUUCGCUUCAACUGUUGCUUCUCCAACUCCUCACCCCUAUCUGUGGGGAAGCCAGCAUCCUUUAAUGCCACCAUAUGGGACCCCAGUUCCUUACCCAGCUAUAUAUCCUCCUGGGGGAGUCUAUGCCCAUCCUACUAUGGCUACGACUCCAAGCUCGGCACCAACAAAUGUUGAGCUGGAAGGAAAAGGAGCUGAAGGGAAGGACCGUACUUCAAAUAAAAAAUCCAAGGGAACUUCAGGAGGCAAGGUUGGAGAGAUUGCCAAGGCAGCUUCAGGUUCUGGGAAUGAUGCUGGCUCCCAAAGUGCUGAAAGUGGUAGUGAGGGUUCAUCAGAUGCAAGUGAUGAAAACGCAAAUCAGCAGGAGUUCGCUGUGGGUAAAAAGGGAACCUUUGACCAGAUGCUUGCAGAUGCUAAUGCACAGAGUAGCACUGGCGAGGCAGUUCAAGCUCCAGUGGCUGGGAAGCCUGUGGCGUCUAUGCCGGCAACUAAUCUUAAUAUUGGAAUGGACUUGUGGAAUGCAUCCCCUGCUGCGGCUGGAGCUGCAAAAAUGAGGCCAUCUGGGACUCCAUCUGCAGUUGUUGCUCCUGCAGCAAUGAUCGGACGUGAAGGCGUAAUGCCUGACCAAUGGAUUCAAGAUGAACGUGAACUGAAAAGACAGAAACGGAAGCAAUCUAAUAGGGAGUCAGCCAGAAGGUCAAGAUUACGAAAGCAGGCGGAAUGUGAAGAGCUACAAGCGAGGGUGGAGACAUUGACCACUGAGAACCGUAACCUUAGGGACGAGCUGCAGAGGCUUUCUGAAGAAUGCGAGAAGCUUACAGCCGAAAAUACUUCUAUUAAGGAGGAAUUGACUCAAAUAUGCGGACCAGAGGCAGUAGCUAACCUUGAACAGAGCAAACCCACUUCGGUUCCUCCGACGCCCUGAUGAUGGAAAUAGUUAAAUAGUAAAGGAAAAACAACUACAAAAUAUAACUGGAAGCUCGGACCAGAAAUUUCUGGAUCUCUGGGAAUUUGUGAACUUGGCUUUAUUGAGCAUAGCUACUUAUUUUUCUUACUAAUAUAUACCCAUAACCCCACCUUUGUAACGGUAUUGUUUAUUAAACGACUUCGACAGUAAUUGAAGAUUAAUUCCACUCA